AUGGAACCCAUCAACAGCAGGCAGUCUCUCGACAGUGACAGCGCCAUCUUGUGCGCGCUAGCCACGGCGUCAUCUCGUCGUGAAGGCGACAUCGAAAAGGCGGUGUUUUCUAUUAGGAGGAACAAGAAGGAUGUUUUUAUUCCAAAGUAUGAUUCCUUUCGUGGGCAGGGUUGGGAUGACCUGUUCGGCGACAAUGACGCAGAUAUGAAAAGGAACGGUUGCAGGAACGGUUGCGGCAACCACCGGAGGAGCAAACUCGAGAGUUUUUCGCAGUCUCUGGAAAGCCUGAAGUACAUCUCAUCUCCUCCAGCAGCAUUCUUUCAAAGCCAUCUUGCCAGGGAGCUCCCGUCAAUUCUGGACGCUAUUGGCUGCACUCCACUUGUCUGCCUGUCACGCGUGGGCACUGCCGCAGGUGUCUCCUGCCAGUUGUUAGGUAAAUGCGAAUUUCUAAGUGCAGGGGGAAGCAUGAAGGACAGAAUCGCAAGGGGUAUGAUCGUGACAGCUGAGGCUUCUGGCCGGCUCGCGCCUGGCGCGGCACUCAUAGAGCCAACGAGCGGCAACACGGGGAUUGGCAUAGCGCUUGUAGCUGCCGUCAAAGGUUACCGAUCUGUAGCCGUGAUGCCAAAGAAAAUGUCCGCUGAGAAACAAAGUAUUAUGAGGGCUCUAGGUUCGAUGAUUUUGCGCACCCCAACAAAGGCAGCAUGGGACGACCAGACGUCUCAUAUUGCCCUGUCUAUCAGGCUGAAAGAAGAAAUGGAAGAUCAGAGGAAGGAAAAAAAAGAGGACUCUCAUGACUGCUACGAAACACCGAAGAAAGAGGCUUCAGAUGAACCGCAAAUCGCGUUCAUUCUUGAUCAGUACCGCAAUCCCGCUAACCCGAUUUCCCAUUUCUUUGGCACAGGACCUGAGUUGUUACACCAGUGCGGAAUGCAGCUAGACAUGGUAGUGAUUUGCACUGGGACAGGGGGGAGUCUCACUGGUAUUGGAAGAAGAGUAAAAUUGGCCCUCCCCAAUUGCUUGGUUGUAGCAGUUGACCCUGAGGGGUCAAUUUUGGCAAAUCCUAACGAGCAGCCAGGAAAGCCAUAUUUGGUGGAAGGGAUAGGGUACGACUUUGUACCAACUGUUUUAGACAGAGAUGUGGCGGAUUUCUGGGUGAAAGUAAAUGAUGCAGAGAGCCUUCUCUGCUCACGGCUUUUGAUUAGAUUGGAGGGAAUGCUCGUUGGAGGCUCUUCUGGUGCUGCAUUGGCGGGAGCGCUGAAAGCUAUUGAACGCAUGGGAUGGAAGGACGACAGCUCAAAACGAAUAGCGAUGGUGCUGCCGGAUGGGAGUCGUAACUACACAUCCAAAUUUGUUUGUGAUGAAUGGAUGGUUGAAAAGGGCUUCCUGGAACGUAGUGAACUCAGCCGACAGUACGAGCAAUACAGCAAUAUAAGCGUACAGUCCCUUCAACUGCCAAGAUUGACUUUUGUGUCGUCCGAUUCAUCCCUGAAGGAGGCAGCUGCUCUUCUUGUUCAAUCUCCGCAACCCAUUCUAGCUGUUGUCGAGCCGGGCGUUGCAGAGGACGCAACUAAGAAUGGGACGGCUCCACGCCAGAUGGUGGCUGGGAGUGUUACGCAGAAAGCCCUUUUAAUGGCUUUGGGUGAAAUGCCAAGCAGUGCACCCAUUGGGGAAAUUGCAGACACUGAAACACCUGUAUACAAUAUAGGCACUCCGCUGUCGCUUCUGGCACAGAGCCUGGAGCUACACCCAUUCCUCUUCAUUGAGUCAGAUGGCAUCAUUCAUGCAGCUGUGGAGUCGAGCCAGCUGUUACAGGCUUUUGUUGCACAGAAGGAAAGUGGAGAGCAUUAA